GGUGGGUGCAGUGGAAAAAGCUCGGUGGAUUGAGACACUGCCCCCUUGUUAUCCAGUGUGGCUGAUCAGCGGUUGCAGUGGACUCUGACCUACCCAGAAGCCAUGUGAUUUCCAUCAGUGUGAGUAUGUAAGAGCGACCGAGGCAGAUCUGUCACUAACUUCUAUAUAAGAUGACAGCAAGACGUACUCAACGCCCCCAGGGACAGAAGACGCUUGUAUGACCAGCAGAGGUGGAAGGAUUUUGACGGAGUGUUUUGUCUUCAGAGGUUCAUCAGACUGAUCCAGCUGCAGCAUGGCUCUGCUCGUCCACGUGCUGGCCUGUGCCUUCGGCCUGGGCUCUUGGGUGGCAGUGAACGGCCUGUGGGUGGAACUGCCGCUCAUUGUCAACUCUCUCCCUGAGGGCUGGGAUCUCCCCUCGUACCUGACGGUCAUCAUCCAGCUGGCAAACCUGGGACCUCUGCUGGUUACUCUCAUGCACAAACUGUGCCCGGGUCGUCUCAAAGAGCAUGUGGUCAUUUACUCCAUCCUCUCCCUUGGUGUUGUGUCCUGCAUCCUGCUGGCUUUCUUCUGGGACACGACAACGGUUGUGGCCGGGGAAUCGUACAGCACGGCCUUCUUCAUCAUCACCUUCUUCCUCUCUCUGGUGGACUGCACCUCCUCAGUUACCUUCCUUCCAUUCAUGAUGCAGCUUCCAGCAAAGUAUAUCACAACGUAUUUUAUAGGAGAAGGACUGAGUGGUUUCAUUCCCGGCGUAGUCGCUCUGGCACAAGGUGUGGGCAUCGCCAAGUGUGUCAUCUCCAAUCAGACUGAGGGAAACCUCACAGACGUGUCGUCCUCACACACUGAGUAUCUUCCUCCAAACUUUUCCACCGAGGUGUUUUUCUUCUUCCUAGCAGCCAUGAUGUCCGUAAGCCUAGCAGCUUUUGUCGCUCUGAACAGACUUCCUCGAACAUACGAGCUGUCCACUGAAAACCUCGUGCCAGACACUGAGGCAUCUGUCAGCUCCGGCCUGGACAACACCGGAGCAGAGACUGAUGGAGUGGGUGUGAAAUGCCAGGAUGAGGGUGAAGUCAAGGGCAGGACUCUGCUGGCUGGUCCCAAACACUCCAUGUACCAGCUCACCUUCAUCUACUCUCUGGUGGUGUUGGUUAAUGCUGCCACCAACGGCGUGCUGCCCUCCGUGCAGACGUACUCCUGUAUGCCCUACGGAAACCUUGCCUAUCACCUGUCGGCUGCUCUGGCAUCAGUGGCCAACCCAGUGGCAUGCACCAUCGCAAUGUUCUUCCCAAACAGGUCACUGGUGUUUCUCGGUGUGCUGAUGACACUUGGGGCAGGAUUUGGCAGCUACAACAUGGCCAUGGCAGCUAUGAGUCCAUGUCCGUUGCUGCAGGGUUCUGUGGUGGGAGAGGUGAUCAUUGUGCUGUCGUGGCUCUUCUUCACUGGAACGCUGUCUUACGUCAAAGUAAUGGUGGGCGUCAUCCUGAGGGACCACAGCCACAGCGCCCUGGUUUGGUGUGGAGCUGCAGCACAGACGGGCUCGCUGGUCGGCUCGGUCACCAUGUUUCCGCUGGUGAACGUCUACCGACUGUUUAAGUCGGGAGAUUUCUGCAACACCCAAUGUCCUUUGUGACUUUAAAUCUGGGAAUCACGGAGGUGGAGACAUACGAGCCACAGUGUACGACGAUUUGCAAUAAAAAAAAAAAAGUUUGUAUCUGCUUGUAUGGUGCCUGUGGAGGAAGUAGCACGGCUCUCAAAAGUCCCCCUGUCACCUCCUCUACGGCUUUCAUGUGAAUUUUGUCUGUUGCACAAACCACAAACUAUUUCUUGACAACCACUCACCAGCCAUGUAAGAACCACCAGGCUAGCUAUUACCCUCCAUUUCCAGUCUUUAUGCUAAGCUAAGCUAACUGACUCAGGAGAGUGAUAUUGAUGUAGAACUGUCUUUGACGUUCCUAUGCAUCUGUUUUGUUAUGUUGCCUUUUUAAAUUUUUAUUUAGAGAGGACAGUAAACCUUAAUUUACCUCCACCAAGAAAGUUUUGUCUUCACCCGUGUGUGUUGGUUUGUUUGUUGGUUUAUUUGUCGGCUGGAGAGAAACUUCCACCAGACUCUGUGGAGGCAUGAGGCCCUGAGAACAACCCAUUACAUUUUGUUGUGGAUGCAGAUUAAGGUGUAGAUCCAGGAUUUUUUCCCCCAUGUUCUAUAACAUUGCAACUGAGGCACAUUUUCCAAUAUUUUCAUCCAUUUGUCAGGGACUAAUGCACAGAUCACUGAUCCUUGCAGAUGAUUAUUUAAGCCAUAUUUGCAAAUAUCAGUUAUAUGUCUCAAUGUGAUUCAAUUAACUAUGAUGGAAAAACUAUAAACGUAUUUAAAUAUAAAACAUGCAAAGUUCAA